AGUACACAUCCCGCCAAAGAAACAGUAUUUUAUUCACAUUGUGACAGCAAGCUUUGGCUUUUACAAAGUUGGUAAUACGAAGUGACAGAAGACGGACGGAGUGAACGGCAGGCUCCAAUCAAAAUUAGUCACGUCUUUUAAAAAUCAAAAUGGAGCUGGGCAGAGAGGCAGGAAUGAAUGCCGGAGUAGUAUUACUGGUGUUUUGUUUCUUUUUACACGUUAAUAUUAUAUCGGGUCGUGCUAGUCAGUAUGUGACUUGUGGCUCCGUAAUAAAGCUGAUGAACGUGGAUUUUAAAGUUCGUUUACAUUCCCAUGACGUGAAAUAUGGCACAGGAAGUGGACAGCAAUCCGUAACAGGCACAGAAGUGCAAGAGGACGUGAACUCUCAUUGGACAAUAAAAGGAACGACGGGAAAAAAUUGUAUCAGAGGUGAACCGGUGAAGUGUGGUGAUAUAAUAAGAUUAACACAUUUGGCAACUCUGAAAAAUCUGCAUUCACAUCAUUUCGCCUCGCCUCUGUCAGGUGACCAGGAAAUCUCAGCAUAUGGAGAUGAUAAUGGUGUUGGAGAUUCAGGUGACCACUGGAUGGUGUUGUGCGAGGGUGAAUUUUGGGAACGUGAUGAAGCUAUAAUGUUGAAACAUGUUGAUACGGAAGUCUAUUUAUCUGCAACUGGUCGGACAUAUGGACGCCCAAUUAAUGGCCAAGCAGAGAUUGUUGGGGUUCCGACACCUGCUGUAGGGCAUGUACACUGGAAAGCUAUGGAAGGAUUAUUUAUUCACCCAUCUGAUUUCAAUCCAAAAUCUCAGCAUACACACACUCAUCAUACAGAACUGUGAAAGUUGAUGCACUGUUACUGCCAAACAGUUCAUCAGCAUAAUCAUGCAUUCAUUUUGUAGUAACAAAUUCUUUUAUUUAAUUAUUUUAUUGGAUUCUGUUCGUGAGAAUGCAGUAAAUGUACCUGAGGAAAAAUCAUUUUCUCACAUAUAUUGUAAUUAUGUGUAAGUUAUAUUUUUAUGCUUGCCUGUCAGUGAGUUUGUUUUGUGUUUUUGAAAUCAAAGCCUAUAUUAAUUUUAUAUCAAAAGAUAAAACAUAUCUCUAGGUUGCUCUUCUGAGCAUGUAAGUUUGUGAUAUAUUUUAAAACCUCUUGAAUUAUAUUGUUACAAUAGAAUACAUGAAGACUUCAAAUUUUGUACUGCAGCAAGGUAUCUUAAACUUUAGUUUCAUUCACUUUACAAGAAAGAAAAAGCAAGCACAAAACAAAUUGAUGUACUAAGGUUGAAAACAGUACCCCCCUCAUGCGUUAUGGAAACACAUAUUCUGUCAUCUUAUCACAAGAUGUGUAUGUAACAUGGAAACAUUUUAAGGAAAGGGUGCCUGUAAAUAAAUAGAUGAAACUUAUUAAAUGUAUUACAUGUGUCAGAGUGAGUUUGAAAGAGAAACUAUUUCAUCCUGUGAGGUAAUGCAAGUAUAUACUGCUGUGACUGUUAUACUCUGCCAUUGUAACACAUUGAGAAAAUCAUGAACAUUUGAGACAGCAGAUUGAUUAAAUGUCCAGAUGAAUACAGUGACAAAAUAUUCAUCAAAUAGUCAUCUGAUUCUGCUAUGUUCUGGGAUAGAUACAGUUGGUGUAUGACAAUGCUACUGAUACUGGUGCCAUGAGCGCUUGUAUUUCCCAGUUUUAUUUUUCUUUGUUAUUUAUAUUUUUCCACAGAUUGCUUUAUAUAUCCUGUCAUAACAAUAAUUUUGGUGGAUAUUGAUACAAAUUGCAGCUCUCGCUUAUGUGUGAAAUGCAAGUAAAAACCCUAGCAAAAGCAGGGAAGGAAACUACUGGAAGAAAGACAGUAAGGCAGCAUAUUAAGAGUAGGUGGAGAGGUUGUUUGGGGUGACAUAUUGAGAAGACGGGUGCAAUCAAGAUAGAAAGCAGAAAGGACAGUGCUUGUGAUAUACGAUUUCCAAGUGUGAGUUGUGUGAUGUAACUGUGACAUGGUCAUGGGCUCAAUAUCUUAUCUUGUGAGACUGUAUUGUAUGAAAUAACUGAACAUAAAUACAAAAUAUGUAUCACUGUUUCAAAGCCUGCAGUAUAUGAUAUGAACCUUUGCAUUCCAUUCACAACUAUGGAAAAAUGAAUGGGGAAGUUUUGUGAUCAAAGUUUACAUGUACAUUGCUGUUUUUGAGGCAUGUAGUUGUAUCUGUUAUGAUCUCAUGUUAAUGAAAUUAUCAACUGCCAUGGAAAUGGCAGUACUUUCUAAUAACAAGGUAUUUAAGUCAUUUAUGUGUGUGAUUUUCAUUGUGUGCAGUGAAUGUAAAGCAGUUUGUAGCUGCAGUGAUAAUGUUCCAUAUCAACAUUUUUUGUAUUAUGUAUUCCUUUUCAUGUUCCUCAGUGUGAAUUAAUGUUGUUGUGCCAGUAAUUUCAGCAAAUUAUAUGUUGAACAAUAUGGUAAAAAGUUUGUAGAUUAGUGGACACAAUUAGUCAUCACCAGCUCUUCAUGAAGGGCAGUCUAAAAUCACUUACAUGCAUGAAAAAGUCAAUAGGAAGAAAUAUUCAGACCAGACAAAACGGCAUAACAGUACACUUUGCUAAUUAUGAAGGUAUACAGCUUCUUCCCUGUGUAACUAUGAACUAAAAUUACAGUGCCUCAUGAAGGCAUACCAUCUCUCUCCAGAGAAUAAUUUCAGUUGCGCUCUUUGUCCUCACCCUGUGCUUAACAAUUCAUAAUGACUUGAAUAUGCUAAUGGUUGUUGCCCGAAUGUAGAAAGAGUAGCAUUUGAAAUCUGCCCAAUUCAACUGACAGAUGCAAGUUUGGACUGUGAUAAGUUCAACUUCACUAGGUGUUGAGUUACGUAACGUAUUUUUAUAAAAUUAUGAUUUCAGUCACUUGACAAACAUGUCCCAGUAUCCCUUUUUUUCAUCUCCUUAGUUAUUGUCAGUGGUUCACCAUUUUAAGGUUCCCAACAAAUAUUCUUAUCAGGUGAAUUUUCCAGAAUGCAUCUUUCAUCCUACAAGAGAGUGUGUGGUAUGGAACUUCCUGACAUAUUAAAUCUGACUGUUGGACGGGGCUCAAACUGAGAACAUUGCCUUUCAUGGACAAUGCUCUUAUCGACCGAGUUAUCUGUGCGUGACACACAGUAUCUUUUCCUCCAGGAGAGCUGGGGUUUUGCAGGGUGUGCAGGAGAAGGUCUUUGAAGUUCGGAAAGGGUGACAAACUGUGUGUUGUACCUGGAAUGCUUAUUCAGUAAGAGCAUUUCCCACGAAAGACAAAGUUCUGGGUUGGAGUCCCAGUCGUAGCGAACAGUUUUAAUCUGACAGGAGGUUUCACAAUUAAUUUCACUGAGCAGCUAUUCAGAAUAUUGUAGUCAGAUAUUUUGGUGCCAUAGAAGACUGUUAAAUGUAAAUUAGUCAUAACUGAAGAGCGAUAUUGCUCAAUGAAGGAAUGACAGAUUUCAGGUCCUCCAGUUGCAAAAGAAAAUGUUCUAUUGAGUAAUUUUUUGUUUAGGAGACACAGCACUGUAACAAAAUCAAAAUUUAUGACUCGCUCAGAUAUAAUAUUUGUAAUUAAAACCUUUUAAGGGCUUGGAGAAAUAGUUAUACUACAUAAAAAAGUCAAUAAAAAUUUUAUGAAGAAACUUUUUACUCACCAUCAUAUGGGUCAUGCAUAUGUCAUGCAGUGUAUGUUGCAGUAUUGCAGCACAUUAUCUGCAUGCUGUCUGUGCAGCUCACUGAUAGUGUGUUUUGAAACACUUGAUAUAUCCAAGAGAUCUUGCUUAUUUCCAUACUGAUUGCAUGUUAGAAAACUCAGUUUGGAAGAUUAGGUAAAGGAUCUAUAGAUAUUAUGUAGUUACGAACGUCCAUAAAUUUUUGGUACAAGGACCCAAGCUACAACUUGUCAUUAAGCCAGUAUACUUCAUGACCGAGAAGAAGAUGAAAAGUAAUAAUGACUGCAGGAAUCAAAUUUUUAUUUACUAGAGCAGGGCCAAAGGCUGCUGUAAAAUUGUAGACAUCUUAAUUUUGGAUUCCUGUGGUUGCUAACUUUCCCAGGACAUAAUCACUCAAAUUCUAGUUGUUAUCCAAUAAAUUACAUUAUUUUACAUCAAACUCAUAACACAGUAGUAUAUGUGUUUGAUUCUCAAAAAUACAAAUUGUUGGAACUUGUGUGUGGUGACAAUUCUAAAUGGUUUCCUGUCCUUGCUCAUUUUCUCAUACAAAUU